AGAGCAUAUUUGCCUGUUGGGGAUAUCUUAUCAGGGGAAGAAGUGGAUAGGUGGAUUGAACUAAAGGAUGAAGACAAGCAAAACUUGGAUGAUAAGGCUAAAAUCCAUGUCAAGAUUCGUUAUUUCGAUGUUUCCAAGGACCGGAACUGGAACCGUGGUAUCGUAAGUCAGAAGUUUCCAGGAGUUCCGUAUAUGUAUUAUCCCCAGACACAGGGAUGUAAGGUGUUCCUAUACCAGGAUGCACAUAUACCUGAUGGAUAUUCCGAAAAUUCCUCUUGCUGGAAGCAAGCAUUACGAGUCACAUCGAUGUUGGGAGGACAUUUUUGAUGCGAUCAUGAAUGCCAAACACUUGGUUUACAUUGCCGGUUGUUCUGUUUAUACUGAGAUCAAGUUGGUACGUGAUUCGAAGAGAUCUAAGCCGGGGGGAGACACCAAGCUUGGUGACUUGCUUAAGAAGAAAGCAAGUGAAAGUGUUCGGGUUCAUGUUCUUAUUUGGGAUGAUAGAACAUCUGUUGGUUCAUUGAAGAAAGAUGGGUUAAUGGCCACACAUGAUGAAGAAACCAAGAAAUUCUUCGAGGACAAUGAUGCCAACUGCAUGCUAUGCCAUCGUGAUCUCAGUGGAUCUAUCGUCCAGGACUUGCAAAUCACCACCAUGUUCACUCAUCAUCAAAAGAUUGUUGUACUGGAUGCCGCGAUGCCUAAUGGAGAUACGAAUAGGAAAUGAAUUGUGAGCUUUAUCGGCGGUCUCGGUCUUGCGAUGGAAGAUACGGCAUACCUUUCCAUUCCAUUUUCAGGACUUUGGACACGGCUCACGCUGAUGAUUUUCAUCAGCUAAACUUUUCUGAAGCUUCAAUUGACAAAGGUGGUGUUGAAAAUUGGCCAACCAUGCUGCUGUGAUAUUUUUGGUUGAAGUGUAUGCAGCUUGUAAACAUGCUGCAGCACGUAUGCUUGCUGUAACAGCAAGGUUGUUGUUUAGUUUCAUUGUAAUUAGACUUAGUUGAAAAUGAACAACCUGAUAACAGCUUGAUAUGUUUAAGUGUUGAACGACUAGUUUUAGGUGGCUUGUUAAUGUGUACAAGCAAUGUUUAUCAAGUUACGAGGCUACUUAGUAGUAGUAGGUA